UUCCUCUUCGACUCGUUUAUGGCGUUUCUUUUGUGGCAUAGAAAAUGUUGAAUGCUAAUAUUUUCCCCAUUCAUGGCUUAGACGGAGCUCCAGCUCUAUGGCAUGUUGGUGAGAUCUUUUCGUUUGAUUUCUCAAAUGGAGGCUAACUCUGUAUGGGAUCAGAGGUUUUUGUCAUUUUGGAAGGCUCCUCAACUAACUAGGAAUCAGCACCUACCAGCAUUUGGACAUCCCAGUUUUAAGCCCAUACAGGUACUCUAUAGCUGACAAAUUUACAUAGAUAGACUUUCUUAUUGCAGAUUAAGAUCUUGAAUGGCUGAGAUCUCAGGGCUUCUAUGAGCUUAAUUUUGGAUUAAUGACUUACAACCAUGUUUCGUAGUUACUUGAUAUUGCCUGUGAAAGCCUAUUUACCAGAGGGUUCAUUCUCUAAGAGGGCAUUUCUUAAUUCGCGAACAAGCAUAUAAUUGCUUCUCUUGUCCCUCUUUACCUCCCAAUUAAAAAAAAAAAUUAAUAAUUAGAAAAAAUUAGCUUCUUGAGGGGCUAUAUAUUAUUAAAAUAUGUGAAAGUAUCCUUGAUAAGUUUUGAUUGUGGUUGAUAUGUAAAAAUAUCAGUAACAUUGUGGCAUCCAUUUAUUAUUCCAACCAGCUAGGGACCCCUGUCUCCUGGUUUGCUAUUUGUGUUUGAAAGAUUAUUUUAGAACUCGAAAAAUGAACGAAAAGAUCUACUCUCUGCCCUCUGCUACGAGGUUUGAAAAUGAGAGUUAUUUUUCUUGGUGCCCUGAAUGCUUUAAAAUACUACAAGGGUGUGUUGGGAAAAUACCUUCCACAAAACAAACAAAGUGGUUGAUGUUUAUGAUUGCGAUAAGAGACCAAAAAAUUCUUUUAAUAUGCUUUAGUUUACAAUGGAGUGCAUAUAUUUAAUUAAGAUAUUCUGAUUCUAACUUGGAGAUGAGGAGCUAUUUUGAGGCUUCUGCCGCCUAUUAACCCCAGAACAAAUUUUAGAACACUGUCUAAAACGAAAACAAUAAGCAAAAAACAAUGAUGUGCUUCUAGAAAACCACUUUAAAUUCAUAUUAUUUGAUGUCAUAACAUAAUACUCACAGCAAAUUAAGUUGCUAUGGACAAACUUUCAUUAUCUUCAUAUGCAAGCUUUAGCUGUAAGUUUGUACACUUGUUCUUAUUUGAUCUAUAUUCUUCCCUUUUUUCCUUUCUUCUAUCCAACUUUCCUUCUAUUGGAAAAAGCAAAACUUUCUUAAAUAUCCCUUGGUGUGGUAAAGAGCCUUGUAGGAUUUGAGAGUAUCUUGGUUUAAAGUAUACAAAUAGAAAGUAAAAACAGUAAAGGAAUAUAAUACUAUAAAGCAAAAAUCAAGAAAUUAUUGAGUUUCCAUUACCACAGUCGGUAAAGGAUUUUGUCAUUAAUUUAAGAAAUAACAACUCAAGCAAUGUUUGAAAAAAAUUAAAACCCAUAAACUAUAAAGAAACAAAUAAAAACAAAAUAACAAUUAUCUGGUUGUUUAUUUAUGUCAUUCCAUUUGUCUCCUGCUUGACCUUGAUAGAAUAGACAAUUUAUGCACUUAUGGUCACCAAGAUCCUGCGGUCACUCUAAGACACCAAUCACAUGAACCUUGUCUAUCUAAGAAUAUAUAAGGUUUUAGUCCUCAAUAAUCCCAUAUUAAUAUUUUCGAAGAACCCAUGGACUCCUCACAACCUCUGGCUAUUGAGAGCUUCUCAUACACUUGGUUAACAAGCAUAAAUUCCCGCCUAGAUGGCCUUGAGGAGCUCAGAGCAUCUCUUGACAGUUACCAUGAAGCUACCUCUGAAGAAUUAGACUACAAGAUUCUGAAGUCAAAAAGAUCUCUGGAAGAAGUCCAGAACUUUGAUUUUGAUGUUCCCAUUUCUCAAUACUCUGAUGCUCUUGUUCAUGCUGAUCAGCUCUUCUCUGAUGGCCUUAUCAAGCCUGUUUUUAUCAACCAAUCGAAGAAAGAGGUCUCUGGUUCUCUAGAUUUAGAUCCUACCAGUUCUUUGUUUUCUAGAACUGUUGUUCCAACUGUUCAUGUUCAGUGCCAUAUCUUUAAAAGAUGGAGAAAAUCAUCGGAGCGGAUCUUGUUAAAGUGUUUUGGAUAUCUGAGACCUUUGUGCUAUAAAAUAACUGGUUCCAGAAACAGUACAAGCGUUGAUGAUAUUGAUAGAAGAGUUGAUAGAAGAGUGAGGCAAGUCAAGAGCUGGAGUAAUUCACCACAAGAAUCUCCAGGCAUAAGUAAUUCCAGAACUGAUUGGUGUGAUAUUGAGAGCUCAAUCUAUGAGGCAGUUCUUCAUUGCAAAAGAUCAAUAGAUAAAUGAUUGUUUUACAGAGAGAAAUAAAUUUGAAGUAGAAACAAGUGAAGAUCUUCUAGAAAUGCAUGGCAAGAGAAUCAAGUUGUUCUUUGCCAAUUUCUUUGUCCUCUAUCCCUUGGUUGUUUAUGUUCAUUUUGUGUUGAACAAGCAGAAGCUUCUAUGUAGCCCAGUUGUGGGGAAUUUGCUAUUUAACUCAUAUAGAACAAACUUUUUUAUAUAUAUUAUAAAUUUGAUAAUACAAUUUUCUUUAUGUUCAUAAUGUUGUCAAGGUAAGAAUUAAAUGUG